CGCCCGGGGACGGGACCGCGGCGAGGAGCGAACCCCGCUGCCGGGAGCGAACCCCCGACUCGCAGCUCUGCCCCUUCCAUGCUGCCCCAGCGCUGCUGCGCGGGGAGGCGGGUGGAGGAGGAGAGGGAAGGGUUACCCGGCACGGCUGCCUGUUAAAGAGAGAUAGCUCGGCUGGCUCCUGAGGAUGAGCAGAAGGAGCUGUUGCAGAUAGGCGCCGGCGAGCUGAGGAUGUGAGAGAGGGCUCGCUGCCGGUGCGGGAGCCGGAGCGGGGGUCGCCGGCCCCCCGAGCCCCCCGGCGAGCCCCGCGCCCGCUCGGCCCCUCGCCUCUGCCGGGCUUCCAUGACCAUCGGCAGCAGCAUGAGCAGCGGCUACUGCAGCUUGGAUGAAGACCUCGAGGAUUGCUUUUUCACAGCUAAAACCUCUUUCUUCCGGAGUGCACCGAACAAGGUCUCUGCCAAGAAUGUAACACAAACAGUAGAAGAAGAAAAACCCGAACCCCCGACCGUCCAGGAGAUCAAACAGAGGAUUGAGAAAUACAAUGCAAAAGUUACCAACUGCCUGCUGAUGAAGCUGAACGAUGAUGGGACAUACACAGGCUUCAUUAAAGUGCACCUGAAGCUGCGGCGGCCUGUGACGGUGCCGGCAGGGAUCCGGCCGCAGUCCAUCUACGAUGCCCUCAAGGAUGUGAACAUGGCUGACAUGACAGACAAGAGAACCUCCUUCUACUUGCCACUGGAUGCCAUCAAGCAGCUCCACAUCAGCAGCACGACCACGGUGAGCGAGGUGAUCCAGGGGCUCCUGAAGAAGUUCAUGGUGGUGGAUAACCCUCAGAAGUUUGCGCUUUUCAAGGAAAUGCGGAAAGAUGGGCAAGUGCUCUUCCAGAAGCUCCCUCUCACUGAGUACCCCCUGUACCUCCGUCUGCUGGCAGGUCCCGACACAAAUGUGCUCAGUUUCGUGCUGAAGGAAAAUGAAACUGGGGAAGUUGAGUGGGACGCAUUCUCCAUCCCAGAGCUACAGAACUUCUUGAUGAUACUGGACAGAGAAGAAAAGGACAAAAUCCAGCAAGUGCAGAGGAAGUAUGAGAAGUUUAAGCAGAGACUGCAACAGACCUUGAAAGAAGCCAGAGGCAAACCUGGAUAACCCCUACUGGGCACUGGGCACCAGACUGAGCUAGACGUUAUUUUUAAAUGAAAAGACACUUCUCAGGACACCUCAUAGUAGUCACUCUCCCUCUUCAUCCUUCCAUUAAGGACUGGCUCAUAGCACCCAUAAAAUGAACACAGGGCACUUCCUGCUGGCUCUGCUCCCAGGGCCAGAGCCACUCAAAAAGGAACCAGCUGUAAAACUGGGCCCCUCAACAGCCCAAACACAGCUCCUGGGUUGCUUGUCAGCUGUGCCAUCAGAUGGAGCAGCUUUGUGUUAAACCCAACAGGAACAUCUACUGGAUAAUGUUUUGAGCAGGGUCACUCUUGCUGUCACACUCCUCUCAGCAGUUUGUUCCUGUUGGGAGGUUGCUGUGGCUCGUUGGUGUGCUCAUGUGGUCAAGUUCUCCUUUCAUAAGUAGAGCAGAGGAAGCAGCAGAUCAGAGGAGGUGGUUGCACCAGAGCAGUUGGGUUUUGCAGCUGCUGCCAGUGGAAUGGCAAGGUGUGACCCCAAAGAGCUGCAACACCCCAACACUGUCAGUGAGUGUUACUGAAACUUGGGAAUGUUCAUUCCAAGAGUCGUCCAUUUGGAUUCUAUUUAACUUCCAACCCUCAGCAUGGCUGUGAAUGGAAGCCCAUCUUAGCUAAGCUGGGCAGUGUUUCACCAGGUUUCUGCUCUGUAGGAACCGAGACCUACGUUUUUAACAAAUUCUGUUUGAAAAGUGCAAAGAUGAUGGUUGGGGCAUAGGCUGGUGGUUUGAUCUUGAACGUUUAGCAAUACAUAUCCAAGAGAUUAACCCAUGAAAACUCAAACUCCCUGUCACAAAUCAAACUGAUUUUGGGCUACGGACAGGUCUGGCAUCAAGGGAGAGUAGCCCCUGCCAAGGCCAGGGUGAGGAGGUGGCACCAAGAGCACAGGCUCCUUGUGGAAAGCUUUAGCCCUGGUAAGAGUAAGGGAGCUAUUAGCCUCAGAUGCUCCCUCCUGCCAGCCCUCCUUGCACUGCUUCCCCAUGCUCCUGCCCACGACACACCAGCCUCUCCCUCCCUGGGCUGCUCCCAUCUGGGUCGUGUCCUCCCUCCCUCCACGCUUGCCAUCGGUGCUCUGCCUGUGUGUCCAGGAAGGUUACCAGGUUUUGCUCUCUAAGUGGAGCUAGGAGAGGGCUGUAAGUCUCUCUCCCCCUCUCUCAGGGCUCCUAUGGAUGCAUGCGCUGUGCAUCCUUCACAAAAACCUUUGAGCUGGAGCAUCAGUUACUGCCAUAGCUCUGAGCAGAGCCCCUGCCCUGGCUGACACCGUGCAGCGAUGGCCGAGGGGCAGGAAGGCUCCAGGGAUGCCCCUUGGAGAGGACAGUGCCCACGUUCCCUCUCAGUGCUUCCCACCCAGCACGCUGCACAGCCAGGGUCAGUCUUCCCUCUGUCACACAGGACACGGUGACAAAGCCAAUCAACACUCUCCAGGUGCAGGUGGAGCACGGGAAGGGGUUUCGUAGCGACUUGAUGCACACGUGUCCCUUUGAGCUCACUGGGGACUGUGUGAUCCCGCCUGCCUGGGCUGGGAAGGGAGGCAACAGGUUAUUGGGCAAGUUACCACAGACACAACGUGGAAAAGUCUAAAAUUUACCUCAGUGCCUUUUUCUCCUUAAGUGUGAAAACUGCAUUUGGGCUGAGGAGGAAGCUGGAAGGGGCUCUUGUGAAGAGGCCUCGUCAGUCCUGUCCCCCAGUUCCCUAAAGUGCUGUUGUGAUGAGGCUGCUUUUGUCUGCAGAGGGAUGAGGAACUGUUUUGUUUCUUUCUUGAAGGCGACUGCUUGGGAUUUUGGUUUAUUUUCAGAUUUGUACUUUAGUAUGUUUGUUUAUAGCCCGUCAGAGAGUGACUGCAGCACCUGAAGCCCCUCAGUCUGUACAACUGCCCCUUUCUGCAGGCUUAGUUCCAGCUCAUGUUCCAGUCAGUAGCGUGAAAGAGUUUGCUGACAGGGCUCUGGCCUCUGGCACACGAUGCAGGAGGGGCCUCACAGCUGUACUGUGCUCUACACCCCGGUGACCUUUACCAACAUGGCAGCAGCCCAAGUGGAGCAGCAGGUUCCAUGCUCUGGGGCUGUCUGUCCAUUCACAAGGACACAGAUUUACUUCCUGAUGCACUUGUGAAGUAACUGAACGUUUCUCUCGUGCUUGGAGCUUGGAAAGCUCUGUAUAAAUGCUUCUGUUCAGUCCAGAGGAUGAACACUGUAAAAACCACCCCUAGUUCUGAGAAGGACAGUCAGAUGCUUGGUUUUAAAUCCCUUCUCUUUCUGGCUAAAAGGUGUAAAGAUUUCCUUGUGGUGGUUGUUGUUUCCUCCCAGUUUUGGUGACUGCCUCCCUCUCCCCAGCAUGUCUUUGACACUUUGCAGAAGGCAUGGCUUUUUAUGCAAUUCCAGUGAGUGCUGCUGAAAACCUCCUGCAGAGAGGAGGGCUCUUUCUUUUGGGUUUGUUUGUUUUUUUCCAAGAUAAUGGGCCAUUUGAAGAACUGCUAGAUCUGGAGUUUCAGGUUCUCCCUGGUCAGUUGAGCUGUGUGUCCAGGACAGGAGCAUUGGCCCCUUAAGCGCAAAAUACUGUUGGCAGUGCCUUUGGUCAGCAUCUUGUCUUGCCUAGUUCAUGUGAGUUGAUUUUUUUCAUGCCUAUUGUAAAACAUGUAAAAUAAUAUGUAUAGAAUGGAAUAGCAAAGCUUCUAUGGCAAAGUGAAAUGCAUUUUUGCAAUGCUGUAAUUUAUUUUUAUUACUCCCUAAGACUUCUGUGGCAUUUUUACAAAAUGUCUCACCUUCAGCUUUUUCACAGGUUCUGAAAAUCUUCCUUCAUAUGCAGACAGUGUAAAAGACAACAAUAAAGC